UUCAGGGUAACCUAUCGUCCGCAGUAUAAAAUAGAGGUGAGAACCGUGAUUACGUCGGUCAAAGACUGUUGUCCCGGCUUCACAGGAAAAGAUUGCAGUCAAGGUGGGUGCUAUUCUAUCAAAGUCAGUUCCAACUAACAUUUUUGUCAUUACUUUCAUUCACAUCAAGCCAUCAACUGGAGUGUUUCUGUUUCAACAGGCUGUUUUAAUUGCACCAAGUUUCUUCUGCUGGAAGCCAGGUUAAAAGCCUUGGAACAGGUUAGUAACUGGUAUGAAGGUGGAAUUAAGUGCUCCGGCGUCGCUCUCGCGUGGACGCUCGUGCUUUGCUUCUCGGACAGCUUGCUCGCCGCGUAACAGACGAGCCAGGUAACUGGCAGGUAACCCGCGUUUAGACUGAAGUUCAGCAUGUACCACGAUGCCGACCAACUGAAGUAGCUCUUCUCGUUAAGAGGCUGCCAUGUCUUUGAGCUCAUUUGAAAAUAGUUUCAUUUUUUGGAUGUUCCGUUAGAAAUAGCUGUUGCAUUGAUUUUUACUUUUUUAUUUAUUAGUUGAUUCCGAUUUGUAGAGAACCAGUAACUGAACCCUUUGAUUUGUAGUGGUUGUUUCACCGUUUCAAAUUUUAGACUCCACAGUCUACUUCUAGCAUGCAUGCAAUGAACGCCUUGGAACUUAUUUAACUAACUAGCCCUUUGGUUGAAGUUUAAAGCAGCUUGCCCAUUUUCUGUUUACUUUUUAAAGAAAAGUCAAAAAGCUCCUGCCGAGGCGAUAGUUCAGGACAGCGAAAUCUCAAGAGGUCCAUCAGGACUUCGCGGGCCACCCGGACCCCCCGGGCCACCGGGAAGAAGAGGAGAAACCGGAGAUCCAGGGCCUCCAGGCUCAAACGGAGUCGAAGGUGGGUAGGAUAUCAAUGGAACUUAAAAACGCAUUAACAUUCCUAGUCUGCACUUUAGCAUAGGAAUGCGAAUAUAAAUUAAUUGUUUUUGUUUUUGUUACUUUCAGGGCAAUCACGUGGUUCAAGUGUCCAGAAAGGGGAGAAAGGAGAUCCCGGCGAGCCGGGUACCACAACAGUAGUGACCGGAGACCCGGGACUACCUGGAUCUCCAGGACCCAUGGGACCCCCGGGAUUAAAGGGGGAAACGGGUGAAUCAACACAAGGAGCACGAGGACCCCCUGGACUUCCGGGUCCAGCGGGAGAACCUGGCCGCCCAGCUAUCGGAGCCUCGGUGAGGUUUAAAAAGACGAUCUUAGUUUAAAUUACUGAAAGGCGUACGCGUAAAUUUACUUUGUCGUCCAGAAAAAAAAGAUCGGUCGACGGCCAUUCUUAGAGUUAUUCCUAUAGAGUUACUUCGUGGAGUUAGAGUUAAGCCUCCAAAAUCCUGAACUCAUGAUUUUGGAACACUAAAAUGCCCUCCCAGGUGGAAAAUGAGCCCUCUCCCAUUUACAAAUCUUGCUGUAAAUCAACCAAAUGUUUUUUGGGCGCAGCGUUGUUAGCGAAAUUUUAAAGGUUUAGGCUAAUAUGGCGGAAGUAGUGCAUGCCCAAAACUCCGCUUUUUCGCUCUGAAGCCUUCCAAAAAGAUUAUUGUAACUCUUUUGUUUGCAAUUUUUCUUUUGCUAUAGCGACAUUUUAACCUCAUUUCAAUUUACUAUUCAGAGAGAGCCUACAAAAGUAUUUUUGGUAGACAUAACGCGUGGUAACAAAAAGCGUUUUUUGUAUUUUCAGCCUGAAGAUUUAACCGUUCUUAAAGAUCAGAUGAAAAUGCUGACCGCCAUAGUCAUGGAGUUGGAAGAAAAAGGUAAGCAAAACAAAGCAUAAGAUUCUGUUUCUAUUUAAAGACAGUUAAAGCAGAAUAGCUUCGGUUAUUCAGGCAAAUGUCAUUUAAAAUACCAAGGCAACAUUUUUUGGCCUGGCCGUCUGGUUAGCUAUGCUGGUUGGAUACCGCUGAGUAGUAUUUCGAGGAUGCUUGAACCAAAUUAUUGAAAAUGGCGGCCUCCCGUGAAUGCUGGGACGAGAAUCAUUGAAAAUGGGGACCUCCCAGUAGGGUGGUUAGACAAACUGGUACAAACCGGUUUGGGGGGGUCGUGGGAUGCAGGGCAUGUUGUUUCAUGCGAGGGAGCAUGAAGCGUGAGGUUGAGCGUGUUUUUGUUAUUUUGUAAAAAGAAGAUAUUAUCGAACGAGUCUUACUUCUAAAUCGCGCAGUACAUUGAAUGAUCCUUGGUGUAUUCUAAUGAGUUUUUCCUACUUUCUCUGGGAUACAACUGGGAUGCGGUGAGGCCGCAGUACACACUAGGCGAGAAGUUGCAGCAAAAUUAAUAUGUCGCGUCGACACGUCACAGCGACAAAUCGCUUCGUGUACACUGGAGAACUUUUGUGAAAAUCUUUGUCGUCGCAACAAGUCGCGCAUGUAAAUUCAGUUGCGGAGUCAAAGAUUUUCACAAACAUUUUCCAGUACACAAGAAGCGAUUUGGUGCUGCGAGUGAGACGUGUCGCCACAACGUGUUG